AUGCCCCAACACGCGCCGAGGCGCCCCCCCGGCCCCCCGGGUAGGGUGGGUACCUUGAGAAACGUGUUCCGCCAUCUACCCGCACGAGGUGCAUCGAAAACCGCGACCCCCCCCGACCAGCCGGUUGAGGUGGGUAGGCCGCAACGCGGAUUUUUCGAUGUACCGACAGAAAAACCACCACUUCAAGAACCCGCCUCUGGCUCCCCGGAGCCGAGGCCUGACGUCACAUCGACCCCGAACACCUCUACGACCCCGCGGGAAGUCCCUUUCCGGCCUCCCCCGUGCAGUCACCAGGAUCGUGAUCGUAUCCUGGCCGACAGCCCGGGCAAAGCCGGGUCCCUGCCCGUGUCGCCUAUAACGGCACGCGCAAGGGAUAUGAUCCAUAGGCUCAAGGGAUACUUCCGCGGCGAGGAAGUGGAGCUCCGGCCAGAAGACCACGAGGCCCUUCGCAAAGCGGAGGCCAACCCCGAGUCCAGUAUCGCCAAAGCGCUGGAACUACUGGGCAAACCACCAGCCCCAACCAAGCAGCCGCCGUCGUUCACGGAUAUCAUCCGGAGCAUCGGCCCCCCACCGUUUAUCGCGCCAUAUAAGGAGGAAGACGCCACGGACCGGCCCGGGGCCCCCAUCCCGGGCCUCCCAACCAAGCAGCCGCCGUCGUUCACGGAGAUCAUCCGGAGCAUCGGCCCCCCACCGUAUAUCGCGCCGUAUAAGGAGGAAGACAUCACGGACCGGCCAGUGGCCCCCUUCCUGGGGGCCGCGGCCACCACCCCGCCUGGACCCGACAGCACGCCCAACGCCGCAGCCGCCCCUGCGGCUCCCAGGCCCGCGAUCGUGCCCACGGCCCCGCAACCCCUGCCGCAGGCGAGCGGUGACUCAGUCGCCGCCCCAACGCACCCCGAGGCCCUCAAGCCCAGGACCCCGACCGCCGCCACAACACACACCAGCAGCCCCGCGUCCGCCGCAGCGCCCGCUGUGGCAAACGGACAGCAGGCCGCACCCCCCGCGGCCCCCAGCACCCGCAGAACACGCAAGCCGAGCGCUGGCCCCCGCAAGGGCGCCAAACGCGCUCCUACUUGCUCAAGGCGCCCCCACAGGGCACCAUGGAACCCGCCAACCCAGCGCCCACCGCAGUCUCCCCGACCGGCCCCGGACCACCGGCCGGCCACUGCCCCCGCCGGCAGUCCGCCGCGCCGCUACACGCGCGCCCGCCGGACGAACGCCGCCACCGCUGCCAGCCCUCACGAGCCGACAGCCCAGGACGACGAGCAGGGUACCUCGUCGCCCCCGACAACCCACGCAAGCCUAGAGGACACCAGCCACCCCACAAGGACGACGGAAAUGGAGCACCCAUCGCCCCCACUACGCCGCUGA